GUGGGCUAGUAUAUAAGGCCCCAAGGGUCCAUUACUUACAUGUCAGUCACAUCGGCUUGGCGUAGGCUUCUCUUCUUGACCAACAACAACAACAACCCAAAAAACUUGAGAGAUGGCACCCAAGAAGGCCAAGAGGAGGCAGCAGCAGGGUGAGGGUGGAUCCUCCAAUGUGUUCUCCAUGUUUGAGCAGAGCCAGAUCCAGGAGUACAAGGAGGCUUUCACAAUCAUUGACCAGAACAGAGAUGGCAUCAUCAGCAAGGACGACCUCAGGGACGUGCUGGCCACCAUGGGCCAACUGAAUGUGAAGAAUGAGGAGCUGGAGGCCAUGGUGAAGGAGGCCAGCGGCCCCAUCAACUUCACUGUUUUCCUGACCAUGUUCGGCGAGAAGCUGAAGGGUGCUGACCCCGAGGACGUCAUCGUGAGCGCUUUCAAGGUCCUGGACCCCGAGGCCACUGGCUCCAUCAAGAAGGAAUUCCUUGAGGAGCUCCUGACCACCCAGUGCGACAGGUUCACCGCUGAGGAGAUGACCAACCUGUGGGCUGCUUUCCCCCCUGAUGUGGCUGGCAAUGUGGACUACAAGAACAUCUGCUACGUCAUCACACACGGAGAGGAGAAGGAGGAGUAAAUGUUCCCUUCUCUCAAGACCUCUACCUCCGUUCAAGCCCCUUCAUGCCUCACCAUCCACUCCAGCAUCCUGGCUUCCUCACACACGCUCGCGCCCUGGCCCACUCUUUCCACUUGCCAGCUCACUACGAAAAAGACUUGUCUCCUUUAUUGAGAUCCUCAGUGAGAGGACUGGAGGCUGUGGGGGUGUUUGUGUGUGAGUACCAACAGGGGGAACAUGGGAUUAUUUUUCAAUAAAAAAUAAUCUUGUGACACUGAAACUCUCUCUCCAUCUCUAUCCCUGCCUCUUGUUCCUCCUGCUUUUCCUCCCAUCACUCAUUCUGCUCCUCUGCAUUGAGGCUGACUGUAAAUGCAUCAUGCCUAAGUUUGUAUGCAGUGGUCAGGAAACGUCUCUUGGGUGCAGUGGUACAUGCACAGUCACUUGCUUGAAACAAGUAAGCAGCCUGACCCAUGUGCUCUGUUAGUCUCAACCUGACACAGAGUGGUUGAUGGGUUUGUCCCUGCAAAUGUCCGAGGGAGGAGUGCACAGUGAAAGAGUGGGAGUACUGUGCUAUAAUAGUUUCCCUACCCCGACUCUUUUUAAAUCUGCCUCUCUUAUACACAGUUAUACAAGGAGAAGUUGCAGCGAGAAGAGGAAAAUAAAUGUAAAUAGAGAAAGAGAUGGUGAAAGAUGGUGAGCAGGAGGGAGGAAAGGAAUAAACAAAAGUAAACCAUCUUUGUUUUGGACUCUUCUUCCUCCCUCUCACUGGUGUUUCCCCUCCUGUUGUAAGUGUCUCCACUGUAACAAAUAAAGAAACACAAAUAAAAUGCAUUAUCUUUCGUACGA